AUGGUCAACGUGGUACAGUUUUACAAAGUGUUGAUACUUAUGUUGAUUAGUGGUGUUGUGUAUGUCUCAGCAUCAGACAUACAUAAUCAGGGCAGUAACAUCUUGCUAAGUGAUAAUAUAAUUGGUCUGGAGCGGAAAAUCAUCGAAGAUUGCGGCUCGACUUGCGGUACAAAGACUAAUAAUUAUAUCAAUAAGCAAGUGAAUGGACUACUGGAACAUUUUGAGAUUAUUGUACCGUAUCUUAAUGGUAACUUCCUGGUGAGUGAUACAGAAUAUGCCAAGUGUAUGCAAGUAUGUGUACUGGCAUCGAUUCUGAACGUAAGGGUUUUGUUGAAGCUGGAUGUAUUAUUUGCGUAUACGAGACCUCACGCUGACAUCGCUGGUGUGCUUGGUCAUAUUGGAUCGGAAAUCAAAGGCGAGGUUAACGAUAUUUGGUGGGGAUGA